UCGCCGCCGACGCAGGACCGCUGCCGCAGCCGACGGCUGACCAAGCAGGCGCGCGCCAAACAGGGCCGCGCGCGGUCGGAGACCAUCGCCGAGAUCCUGCAGACGUCACCGAACUUCCUGAGCGAGGACAAGCCUCCGAAGCGAAUGAUCGACAGCCUUGCCUCACCAGAUCUGAACGUAGCGCCGCGCCCCAGUGUACUGCUGCCAUCUACCGUCAAACAAGACGGCAACAGUGCCUACCUGACCGACUACUCCAUCAAGCGGGAGGAGAAGUUGAAGGACAUCGCCGACUCGCUGACGCGGCCCCGGCCCACACGGACCCUCUCCUACCUGCAGAGCAUAGAGCACAGCAAGCUGCAGUCAACCGAUGAGAAGCCGACGCGCGAGAACGAGGACACGUUGUCGACGCGUCGCUCGCCCGUCGACGCCGACGACCCGGCCAUCGACGCCAAACACCACGAGCGCGGUGAUCCGGACGGCUGCGGACUGGACGCCACAGACGGUUGCUAUAGCAACCACAAUGACCUGCGCGUAGACCUUCCUGCGGAAGAUCUGCUACGCAUCAAGAAAGGCUGGCUCAUGAAGAUGAAUGAGAAAGAGACGUGGAUCAAGCACUGGUUCGUGCUGCGCGGUCCGAGCUUGACCCUGUACCGGGACACGGCCGCCGAAGACAACAACGUCAUGGACGGGGUCAUCGACCUCAGCCGCGCUCAGCGGGUGGAGGAAUGCGACACGGACAAGAACUACGGCUUCCAGAUCACGACGUGGGACGGCAGCGUGAUCCAGCUGUCCGCCAUGACGUCUGGUAUCCGCGGCAACUGGAUCCAGGCGCUGCGUGGCUCGGCCCAUCUGCCCGACGCCGGUCACCGGCUCUCGCUGGGCGAGCGGCUCGAGCGCCAGCUGGCCGACUCGGCCAGGAAGCCGCGCUACACGACGGCCGAGCGCGACACGGCGACGGUGGCGCCGGCUGGCGGGCUCCAGGCGACGCCACCGUCGUCGGACGAGGAGUAUCGCACGGCCUCGGAGACGUCCGGCGGCCUGGACGAGGAGGAGCCGAGCGACGCUGAGGGCCGGGGCCGGCUGGCGGGCUCGCCGCCGCCCGCCCGCGGCCCCCUCUCCAGGGCAAAAGACCGGGCGCGCUCGCGCUCCACGUCCAGCACGCGCUCCAACAAGCGCUCGCGCUCCUCGCCGCCCACCUCGCGACGCAACACGCGAGAGGACUUCCCGUGCAUGGAGGAGUUGAGCUCGUCCAUCCAGACGCUGGAUACCCCCGGUGGUGGCGGCGUAGACUCGCCCUUCAAGCGCUCCUGGCGACUCGGCAGGGAGUCGCUGCGGUCGUCACUGCGCCCGGAGAGUAUGCUGUCGGACCGGCUGGACGCCCGCGAGACCUACGCCAGCUGCCUGGACCGGUCCAAGCUGCGGUCAUCGCUGCGCACUAUGCCGACCGAGCCACCAUCUCGUGGCGACCCGGCCGGCGCUAGUUCGCGCGAGCUUACCAGGCUGCGCCAUCGUCUGGACGCGCUGGAGGUUGAGAAGGACGAGGCUGAGCGGGACGCGCGACGCGCCACCGCCGCUGAGGAGAGCCGCUCGCGCGAGCUCACCGAAUGGCGCACGCGCGCCUCGAGCCUGGAGCAGCAACUGAGUCAGCUUCUACAGCAACUGCAGCGGCAGGAGCGCGAGCUGGCCGAAAAGACAGAGCAGCUGCAGCAGCUGCAGAUGCUGGAGACGAGGUACCACGAUCUGCUGGACCAGUACGAGGAAGUGCAGGCGGCCAAGGAGGGCCACGCCGACGACGAGCAGUGGCGGCGGCAUUAUGAGAAGCUCGAGGAAAGGUACCUGAAGGACCACGCCGACUGGGAGCAGAAGCUGGCCGAGACCGAGCACCGGCUGCAGGAGCUGCUGGAGGCGCACGAGGCGCACGCUGAGACCGAUCGCACUGUCCACCAGCUCACCGUGCAGCUCAGGCAGGCGGAGGCGCAGAUGCGCUCGCUGGCGGACCAAGUGGAGGCGGCGCAGAGCUCGCGCCAGCAGGAGGUGCGCCAGCUCAGGGAGGAUGCCGCCGCUCGCCAGACAGAGAUGUGCCGUCUGCGUGACGAGCUGGAGGCGCAGCAGACCACCAAGGACGCCAUCAAGCAGGACAAGUCUGAAGUGUACAAGCUGAAGGACCUAGUGCACGAGCUGCGUUCUCUGCUGGAGGAUCGCUCCUCGGAGUUGGAGAAGCAGCGCAGGGAGGCCCGCGAAGCGCGCCAGGAGCUGGUGAGCGUGCGCCAGGAGCUGGAGACGGUGCGCGCACGACUUCAGCAGGGGAUCGAGGAGAACGAGGCACUGACGGCGCGUGUGCGGGAGUUGCGCAACAACCCGCCGCUGGCGGCCAGUCCAGCUCUGGGCACCUCCAGGGAGCGGUUCUCGUCACGGCGUCAGCUGCAGAUCGCCAGGAUCGCCUCGCUCAGCGACUUGACGGCCGGCAUCGAGACCGACACGGACGGCAUGAGCCGGCAGAGAUUGCGGGAGGAGUACGACUCGCUGCUGGAGCGGUUCGAGAAGGCUGUCAGCGAGAUCCGCGCUCUGAAGCGCCAGCUGCGCGAGGUGCAGGGGGAACAGGACCGGGCUGAGCUGGAGGCCGCCCGGCUGGCCAGCGACCUGGAGGGCAAGGACGAGACGCACGCGGCGGAGGCAGCCCUGAUGCGUGAUCGGCUGCAGGACCUCACCGCCAAACUGGCCACCUCCGAGAAACAGGCGCGCCAGCUUAAGCAGAAGAUGACCAAGGGCGACGCGCGCGACCGGCGGCGCACCUCCUCCCUGAAGGGGCGCGAGUCGUUCUCUAUCCCGCUGGAGUUGGAGGCCAAGCUGGCGGCGCUGGAAGCGCGCGUGGCGGCCUGGGACGGCGGUGCGCCGACGCCUGCCCUCCGCACGCCGGCCACGCCGGUCGCCGCCCAGGCCACGCCAGUCGCCGCCCCGGUCACGCCCGUCGCCGGCUCGGCGACGCCCUCCGCCGGCUCUGAGCGUGAGAGCUCGCCCGGGAAGGCCUCGGCGCCGGCGCCGGCGGUGGAGGCAGCACCAGCGGCAGCGGCGGCGGCCGACGGCCGUGCGCGCCGUUCGCGCAGCUUUGAGGAGUCGACCAAGGCGUCGCGGCUGCGCCGCAAGAGCCUAGACGGUGUGACAUCAUCUGACUCGUUGCGCGUCAUCAUGCGCGUGAACGCGCUGGAGCAGCGCGUGGCCGGUCGCGUCAAGAAGUCGCCGUCUCCGCCGCGCCGUUCGCCGGCGCCGGCGCGCAAGGCGCGCGCGCGCUCUGCGGAGCAGCGCUCGGCCUCUCCGGAGCGGACCGAGGAGCGCGCGGCGCGGGGCGACGUUAGGCUCCGGCUGCGCAAGUUGGAGGGUCUGGUGCGUCAGGUGCGCGAACAGCUGGACUCGUGCGUCGACGAGAUGCGAGCAGCCGAUCUGCCACAGAUGUCGCCGGUGUGCGCACGGCUGGCCGAGACCUCGGACCUGCUCGCCGGCCAGCGGCCGUCGGCGCCGGAGGGCGUGCGAGUGCUGGUCGAGCGCAUCCACCAGCUGCUGCUGCGCAAGGCCCAGGAGCAGGCGCAGGCGCAGGCGCAGCUGAAGGCGGCGCGCCGCUGGACGGCGGCCGAGCGGCGCCGGCUGGCCGCCGAACGGCUGGCUUACCAGACAGUGCUGCUGGCGUGUCUGGCCGAGGCGCUGCGGUCGGCGGCCGAGCCCGAGCCGUUCGAGCGCCAGCUGCGGCUGCGCGAGCUGCUCGAGACGCACCGCAGGGUCGGCACGCUCCGGGAGCGCCUGCAGACGGGGGCCGUCGAGAACGUCUCGAGCGGGAUGGUGGAGUCGUUCUCGGCGCUCCUAGCCGAGCGACUGGGCUCGCUGGAGGAGGCGUCGGCCGGCCUGAGGUCGCGUCAGACCCGGCCCACGCCCACCCGGCGCCCGCCGGCUGUCCAGCGCGACCGCCAGCUGCAGCAGCUGCACCAGAGCCUGCUGAAGCAGGAGGCCGAGGUGACGGCGGCGGUGGCGGCCUUCAAGGCGGACAAGCUGCAGCGUCUGGCCGAGACGCUGGCCGCCGAGACUGUGCUGAGCUGCCCGCCGCCGGCCGGCGACGACCAGCUGCUGGAAGAGGUGAAGGUUCGCGAUGCCUGGAACAUGGCGCAGCACAGCAUCAGCGAGGAGCUGGUCCAGGCCGAGAUGUCGCACAUGAUGCUCAAGUUUGUGGAGCUGUACGAGCGUGAUCUUGAGGUGGACCGGCAGCACUGCUUCUUCCUGGUGCAGGCGCAGCAGGAGGCGGCUGAGCGCAGGUACACGGUGGCCACGGAGAGUCUGCGCGCCGAGAUGGAAGAGGCGGUGAUGACGCUGAGUCGCCAGUACGAGGCGGCGCUGUCGGACCGGCUGCUCGCCGAGCUGGCCGACGUCGUGGCGCAGAAGGCCAUUGUGGACGGCUACCUGUCUGUGAUCAGUGACGAGGACGAGCCGGCGCUGGAGGUCCCGCUGGAGAUUAUCGAGGAGGACCCGGCCGAGCGCUCGGUGCCGCUGGACGCUGCGCUUCACCGUGACUCGGCGCUGGCCGUCUUCUUCGGCGAGGCGGCCGACGCCACCGACCAGGCCGAACUGCAGCACCUGUACGCGGCGGCGGUGGAGCGGUGUCGCACCGAGCUCUCCGACUAUGGCGUCGCCAUGCCGACCGGCCAGAGUCUGGACGAGUUUUGCCGGCGCACGCAGCAGACUGUGGCGGCCAUACGGACGCUGGAGCGGGAGGUGGAGAGCUUGCGACGGGUGCGCGUGCGGCCCCGCAGCGUGGACAAGGCGCGCCGCCGCGUCUCCGACAUCACGGGCAUGGUCAACAGCGGUGACAUCCAGACGGCCUCUCUGGGCGUGGUGUGUCAGGAGCUGGUGUCACUCAAGCGUCAGGAGCCGGUGUCACCCAAGUGUCAGGCGGCCGCCGCGCCCGACGGGUCCGCCCCCGAGCCCUGCCACCGCUGCGGGGAGCUGCGCACCAGGAUCGACACGUGCGUGCUGACCGUGACGGGUCUGGUGGUGACGGUGGUGCUGUGGGCGGUGUGGCUGGUGCCGCAGGGGACGAUGGUGCUGCCGGGGACGUCCACGUACGAGCGCGAGAAGGAGGCGCUGGCCAGCGAGGUGCGCCUGCUGCGCCGCCGCCUCGAGAGUCUCGAGGCCGAGUACGAGGCACAGAUCUCAGCUCUGCGCGACCAGUACGAGACGUCGGCGGGCGAGACUACCGGCCGGCCCGAGGAGGACGCGCUGGCCGAGGAGAGCAUCCGACGCCGCUACCAGGCCGAGAUCGAGCAGCUGAGGGCGCUGUGUGAGAAGGGCCUGGUGGCCAUGGAGAACUCGCACCGGCGCAUCAUCGCCGAACUGGAGGAGAAACACCGCCGCGAGCUGCACUCGCUGGAGGCGGAGAAGCAGCAGGCGCUGGCCGAGGAGACCCAGGCUACGCUGGCCGCCCUGGACGCCCUUCGCAAGGCCCACGAGACGGAGGUGCAGCGAGAGAUCUGCAAGUUCAAGGACGAGUUCAUCAAGAAGAUGCAGCCCGGCUUCGACAUCGGCAAGCUGCAGAAGGAGCACGUAGCCGAGAUGGGCGAUAUCAAGGGCGAGAUUCUCAGCCUGAGUGAGAAGUACAGCAUCAAGUGCCUUGAGACGGCAUCGCUGGAGGAGAAGGUGGACGCGCAGCACCGCAGCCUGCAGCAAGCCAACCAGCGCGUCUUCCAGCUGGACGCCAGGAACAAGCAGCUGCGGGCGCAGCUGUCGGCCAACAUUUCGGAGCUUGCCGACGGCGACCAACACUCGGCCGGCCAGCAGCUGGCGCUGGCCGAGAACCAGUUGGCGCACUCGCGCGAAGAGGCGCAGCGUCUGCACCAGGAGCUGGAGACGACGCAGAAGCUGUCCACGUACCUGCGCGCUGAGCGCCAGCUGCGCGCCGACGAAGUCAGCUCACUGCGCGACCGCCUCGAGCACAUUAUCCUGACCGCCUCCAAGUGCGAAGGAUGA